AAAGCCAUUGCUCUUGACAGCUCAGUUCUGAAGGACUCCAGACUCCCAGGAGAGGGAGGGGCAAUGGGACAGGGACUCCCAGCAGGGAACAUCAGGAAGGAGCAGGAGUUGGAUCUGAAGGCAGGAAACUGGACUCGGUUUUAGAAAGAAAUAAGCUCAGGACACAAAAGAAACAGGAGAUGGGAAAGGUCUAUGAGCACCAUAAAACAAAGUUGGUCUCGCUACACUCACCAGAGAACUGUGAUUCUGAAGAAGGCUACAGCAUCCUAUGGUCUCUGAAGAAAGAGAAGUGGCAGCAGAAGUAGGUGGCCUUCCAGAAAUAGACCCCAAGUAGAGACUGAGAGAAGAGACCAGACUAUUUCUGGAGGGUCCUUGGUGAAUUGUAAUGGAAAAAUCAUCAUUAUUUUCUUACCAGCAAAAAGAGUGAGGAACAGAUCAUUUCCAAGGUAAUUUAGAUGGAUCACUUCCCAGUGCAAAAGUGUUUCGAGGUCUCCCAAGCUCAUAGAAGGUCACAUGUGCUGGCUGGCAACCCCAGCAGUGCAUGUGGCCCAUUUACCACUGGGGCCCACGUGAUGUGUUACACGUGUGCAGAUGGUGCAACUGGGUCAGAAGUAGGUGCUCUCUAGUCCACUGGGCAGGCAGAGCAAAGAGACUGCACCCCGCCCGGGGCCACCAGAGGCUAAUGCCCAGCGUUUACCUCCUCCAUCUGCUGUUGCUAGACCUCUGAAGAGCUCUCCCACACAGCCCAGCUGCCCCAGCCAUGGAUUGUUUCAGAACUUCACCAAGUCAUUCCUGGAUUUAUCCCACGGUGAUCCUAUGCUUAUUUGGAUUUUUCUCCAUGAUGAGACCCUCAGAACCCUUCCUUAUACCGUAUUUAUCUGGACCAGAUAAAAACCUGACCAGUUCAGAGAUCACAAAUGAGAUCUUCCCAAUCUGGACAUACUCUUACCUGGUGCUGCUGCUCCCCGUGUUCAUCCUGACCGAUUACGUCCGCUACAAGCCAGUCAUCAUCCUGCAAGGAGUCAGCUUCAUCAUCACAUGGUUGCUGCUCUUGUUCGGCCAGGGAGUGAAGGCCAUGCAGGUGGUGGAGUUCUUCUACGGGAUGGUCACCGCCACCGAGGUGGCGUACUAUGCCUACAUUUACAGCGUGGUCAGCCCUGAGCACUACCAGAAAGUGAGCGGCUACUGCAGGAGCAUCACGCUGGUGGCCUACACAGCGGCCUCGGUGCUGGCCCAGCUCCUGGUGUCCCUGGCCAGCCUCUCGUACUUUUACCUCAACGUCAUAUCCUUGGCUUCCGUCUCUGUGGCCUUCGUUUUGUCCCUUUUCCUGCCAAUGCCCAAGAAGAGCAUGUUUUUCCAUGCAAAAUCCAGCAAAGAAAUACAGAAACAACCGAACAAAAAUGAGGCGUCAGAUGCACCUUACAAAAUUAACACACCAGGCGGUGAAGAGAAGCCCGCUUCAGAAAUACCCACCAUUUCAGGGAACCUGGAUGGUGGUCCUUUGAGCAGCCCGAUGCUGCGAAAUGUAGCGUUGAAUGUUUUUGUGCAGUGGUUCCAAGAUCUGAAGGAGUGCUACUCCUCCAAGCGACUAUUUUACUGGUCCCUAUGGUGGGCCUUCUCAACAGCAGGUUUUAACCAGGUUUUGAACUAUGUUCAAAUCCUGUGGGAUUACAAGGCACCAUCCCAGAGUUCUUUCGUCUACAAUGGGGCAGUAGAAGCUAUUGCAACCUUUGGAGGGGCUGUGGCUGCCUUUGCAGUGGGCUAUGUGAAAGUCAACUGGGAUCUUCUGGGGGAGCUGGCCUUAGCCAUCUUCUCCAUCAUUAGCGCAGGCUCUCUGUUUCUCAUGCAUUACACGACCGACAUCUGGGCAUGCUAUGCUGGCUAUCUGAUAUUCAAGUCCAGCUAUAUGCUGCUUAUAACCAUAGCAGUAUUUCAGAUCGCAGUUAAUCUGAGUGUGGAACGCUACGCCCUGGUGUUUGGAAUGAACACCUUCAUGGCACUGGUAAUUCAGACCAUUAUGACAGUGAUUGUUGUAGAUCAGAAAGGACUCAACCUGCCGAUCAGCAUUCAGUUUUUAGUUUAUGGGAGUUAUUUUGCCUUUAUUGCUGCCAUUUUUCUAACGAGAAGCACAUACAUCAUCUACUCAACCAAAUGCCAAAAGCAAGCACAGAGCUCUCCAGCAAGUCAGAACCCAGAUGAACUCCACCCAGAGGGACCAAGGAAUGUCAUUACAGGAACAAAGCUCUGACCUUAACGGCAGCCACUGCAUCCACUGAACAAGGACCUUCUUGGUCACAAAGUCACUGAGCGCCAUAAACUGACACACUUCCAAAGCCUGGAUUUCAAGGAACCUUUUCAAAACCACAACAAAAUCUUAGUUUUAGACCAGAUACUACGUGCCCAGCUGGAUGCAGCUGACAAGACCCGUCGCCUCAGUCAAAUAGCCGACGCUGGGUACUCCAACGAGUAGCAAGGAUUGGGAAGUUCUGGUUUUGGUUACUCCCUAGGACAUAUCAAUGGCAUGGAAACAAACCACGAGAAAACUCCACUCAACCUGCAGUUGAUGUUCCCCAUUCGUAAGCAGAAAUACUAACUGGACUGACCCCUUUGCUUGUUUUAGAUAUUUUAUCUUACCAAAACAGGCAAGAGAUGGACAUUUUUUUUUAAAUCACAUAGCCAUUUGCCUCCUUCUUUCAUUAAGUGUAUUUCUAUAUUACUUGCAGUUCUCUGUGAGAAUUUCAAGGUCCCAUUUCUAAGGACCUUUCUUCAAUCC